AGUUAUAAUAUAACUGUUUCCUCCUUCUGUAAAAGUACUCAUCCACUCCCUAGGCCUUCCUAAAUUAAUUACUAUAAAACUGAGGUGACAAAAGAGUCAAAAGUAAAAGAGAGGAUAGUGGUCGGAAAGAGAGAAUGUAAUCCUUUCCUUUCAUUAACUGAAAAAUAAAAGAAAAUUAUUGGUAAUUUUUGAUAUAGGUUCCAUUAGUGGGCAUCUUUUUUAUUCUUAGUACAUCUUAAUGUGGAUUCCUUUUGUUGAGAAUAAGUAUCACCCUCCAAUAAAUCUCUUUUCUUUGUAUUUUUUUACAUGUUCUCUGAAUCCAAAGAUGCUGAAGAAGCAAAGAAAAGGGGAUACUUUAAGAUCUAUUAAACAAGUAUGUUUAAAGGUCAAUCUCUUGUUUCACCUAAUUAGGAAAAAUGUUAGUGAUCAUAAAUUUGUAGUUAUUUAAAUAAGAAAAUUGGGUUGCAACUCACGGGCGUAUGAAAACUUUUUGUCAAUCUCAUGGCAUAUGAGAAUAUUUUAUAACAAAAUAUCAUAAGUAUCUUGAAAAAUAGUUUUUCGAUGAUGACAAAAGUUAUAUAUCUCAUUAUUCUAUGAUUCUUUUAAAAUUCGAGAUUAACUAUUCACCCAGUUGUAGCACCCAAGGGUGUGUUCUAGUGGUCAAUGGAGUGGGUUGAGUACCAUGAGGUCUCAGGUUAAAUUCCAAGUAGAGACAAAACACUAGAUGAAGAUUUCUUCCCAUAUGUUCUAGCCUUCGUUGACAGAGUACCUGUUUGGUGGGAAUGACAAGCAUCCUAUGGAAUUAGUCGAGGUGAGCGCAAUCUGGCCCGGACACCACGGUUAUAAAAAAAAAGUGUUCACCCAGUAGUAGAAAAAUACUAUCACUGUUAUGUUAUAAAUACUUUUUCAGUUAAUUCUCUGAUGAUUAUUGUUGUAAUACCUGAUGCACCUAUAUUUCACCCUUUACGAUCCUUUCUAUUCACGGGCAACAAAAUUUAAAAAUAACUUGAGUAAAUCUUGGGAGGACUGAGCCCCUGUUGAAGCAAACUAUCUUGGUCUUCAUUCCCUUGGCUCGACUUUCACUCAAAGUCUUAGUUGGACUCACCUACUUUGGAAUGACCUGUAAAAGUAAACAUAUAUAAAACUCAUGAUUAGAGCUUGAGUUGCUUGAGUUCAUGAUGGAUUAAGAAUAUGGAUGAAUUAUAUGUAGAUCACGAGUUAAGGCUUGACUCAUGAUGUAAGAUUCUGAGUAUUUUGAAUUUGCAAGCAAGAUUUGUGGAGUUUAUGACCCCCACCUUCUGUGCCUCCCAAGGUAGGGGUAAGUUCUACGUACACUCUACACUCCUUAGACCCCACUCGUGGGAUUACACUUGGUAUGCUGUUGUUGUUGUUGUUAUUGUUGAAUUUGUGGAGUUUAUGAAUCCUAACUGAUAUGGGUAUUAAGGAUUCUACAAGAGUUGGUUGAUAACUUGCUAAUGAUGAGUUUUGUUACAAAUUUACAGUCACAUAGGGUUUGAACCAAUAAACUGGUAUCAGGUAUAGUGAAUCCUAUGGUAUUACAUACUAGAUAAACUUUUUGAGUUUUAUCGGUUGUUAAUCCUUAGAUAUGUAUUGUCUCCAUAAUUUGAUGAAAGAGUUGAAAUUGAGUAAAUUGGAUGAGAUAAUAUGAGUGAUAACUUAACAUAUUGGACUAGCUUUCAUUAAAAUUGCAUUUUUGACAUAAUCAUAAGCUUAAGAAAAGGUUGAGAAUUUCAAGAAGAUAUGUUUUCGUGAGUUUAAUUGCAACUAAUAUUUUUUGACAAAGUAUGCUUUCUUAGAACUAAUGUUUGAGUAUAGAUGAAAUGAUUUUUGGUAUAUGUCAACCAUGUUUGACUAUAUGAAAUGAGAAUUGCGCAUAAAUGCUAUAUACUUUUUGCUGUUUUAAAAUAUGCUGGCUAGGCGUGUAUUUCAACAAAUUAAGAGUAAGAUUUAAUAUCAAGCUAGUAUAUGCUUUGCUUAACUGGAUAGUAUGGAUUAAUUAAUACUUUGAGUGAAAAACGUGGUGGGAAUAUAUGUGUAAAGAACCAAAUUCCUGUACUAUUACUAGUUUACUACUGCUCAAUGAACAAACAAAAGCCAGUUAUUCUUUCAACAGCAAAAGGACCCUUUUUAGCUCUAUAUUAGACAUACUCAAAAAAAUUUGCUGGCCUGCAGCAUAUGCUAACCUUCUCGGGGACAUUUCCAGUUUUCUAGCUUGAAAAAAGCAUUUCUUCCAUGGGAGACAUUAAAGUUCUCCGUACUGCUUUUGGAAUUUUAGGAAAUGUUUUUGGUGUAUUACUCUUCAUGGCGCCCAUGAUUACAUUCAAAAGGAUUAUUAGGAAGAGAUCAACAGAACAGUUUUCUAGCAUUCCUUAUAUAAUAGCUCUGCUCAAUUGCUUGCUCUCAGUUUGGUACAGUUUGCCUUUUGUGUCACCAGACAACCUGCUGGUAACUAUCGUCAAUUCCAUAGGCACUGGUCUGGAGGCAACCUAUGUGUUGAUUUUCCUCAUAUUUGCCCACAAGAAUGAGAAGGCCAAACUCUGCGGAUACCUCUUUUUGGUCCUUUCCAUCUUCUCAUGCCUGGCCUUGAUUUCUCUGUUGGCAUUUCAUGGCAAUAAAAGGAAGCUCCUUUGUGGCUUUGCUUUUACUGUUUCUUGUAUUAUGAUGUAUGGUUCUCCUCUCUCUGUAAUGAGGAUGGUAAUCAAAUCUAAAAGCGUGGAGUACAUGCCAUUCUUCUUGUCACUAUCUGUUUUCAUCUGCAGUACUUCAUGGUUUAUCUUCGCCCUGAUUGGAAAGGACCCUUUCAUUUUGGUACCAAAUGGCUUUGGAACUUUAUUAGGAGCAGUGCAGUUGCUUUUAUACGCAAUUUAUCGUGAUAACAGAGGGGAAGUCAAGAAAGAUGAAUUGAAUGAAUCAUCAGUAGUAGAGAUGAGAACUGGAGAACUCCAAGACAAGAAGCUAGCUAACACCGAAGACGCAUGAGAAUGGCAAUCCAUAACAUCAUUCAAAUGUAUGCGAAGUUUCUGAACUUUUAUACCUACUUAUAGAGUAUUAUCCUGUAGCUCCAUUUGGAUCAAAAGUUAUGGUUGCUUCUUUCAACUGCAGAGGAGCAUAUUCAAGCACUUACCUUUAUUUCUCUGUAUGCUUUAUAAAUGUAGUACAAUAUGGCCUUCUAAAGGCAAAUUUCUAUGUUCUGAUUCGUUGUAUCUUGCUAUAUUGAAUUCUAAAUCAGCGGGCA